CAGCAGGAAUGAACAACGACCGAGCGUGUGAGCGCCACCUCUCUGCUGCGUUCACUGCUGCGUUCACUGCUGCUUCUCUGCUGCUCGUCUUUAUCUUCACUUAACAUCCGGUUUUGGUGGUCAGGUCGAGAAAAUGGCCACAUCAUCGAGUUCAAAGUUGAACAAAGCUGUGAAGCAGCAGUACAUGAGUCUUCCUCAGGGCGACAAAGUCCAGGCCAUGUACAUCUGGAUCGACGGCUCAGGAGAGGGACUGCGCUGUAAGACCAGAACUUUGGAUUCUGAACCCAAGACCAUCGAGGAACUUCCCGAGUGGAACUUUGACGGCUCCAGCACGUAUCAGUCCGAGGGCUCCAACAGCGACAUGUUCCUGAUCCCGGUGGCCAUGUUCAGAGACCCGUUCAGGCAAGACCCCAACAAGCUGGUGCUGUGUGAAGUCCUCAAGUACAACCGCAAACCUGCAGAGACGAACCUGCGGCAGACGUGUAAUAAGAUCAUGAGCAUGGUGGAGAACAACCACCCGUGGUUCGGUAUGGAGCAGGAGUACACCCUGCUGGGCACAGACGGUCACCCGUUCGGCUGGCCCUCCAACGGCUUCCCGGGUCCACAAGGACCUUAUUACUGUGGCGUGGGAGCAGAUAAAGCGUACGGACGCGAUGUGGUGGAGGCUCAUUACAGAGCCUGUCUGUACGCUGGAGUUCAGAUCUGUGGCACCAACGCUGAGGUCAUGCCAGCUCAGUGGGAGUUUCAGGUUGGCCCUUGUGAAGGCAUCAACAUGGGGGACCACCUGUGGAUCGCUCGCUUCAUCCUUCACCGGGUCUGUGAGGAUUUUGGAGUCGUGGUGUCCUUUGACCCCAAGCCUAUCUCAGGGAACUGGAACGGUGCCGGCUGCCACACCAAUUUCAGCACAAAGGAAAUGCGAGAGGAUGGCGGACUGAAAGUCAUUGAGGACGCGAUCGACAGGCUGUCGAAGAGACACCAGUAUCACAUCCGGGCCUACGAUCCCAAAGGUGGGCUGGACAACGCCAGACGCCUCACAGGUCGUCACGAAACCUCCAGCAUUGACGAGUUUUCCGCGGGCGUGGCUAACCGUGGAGCCAGCAUCCGCAUCCCGCGCACUGUGGGGAAGGAUAUGAAGGGCUACUUCGAGGACCGCCGCCCGUCGGCUAACUGUGACCCGUACAUCGUCACAGAGGCGCUGGUGCGCACGUGUUUACUCAAAGAAGAAGGGGAGGAGCCCCGGGAUUACACCAAAUGAACAGUCGCAGACAAAGAGACGUUAUGAGUACUGUAUUCAAGGAGUUGAGGUUUUGUUGAUGUGAGGUUGCAUGAGGUACUGACACCCUGUGAAAACAUGACUGACCAGUGACGACAUGAGGUCAGUCACUCACUUAACUAAAGACUUAGCUCAAGUCUACGAUAUCUUUCUCACUGUUAGACAGACUUUUUCAACAGGAAACUGAAGUUUAUAAACCACUCACUCUCCCACACCAAAGUCCAGAGAGAAAAUCAGUGAUUUUAACAUCACACACAGGAGUUGAUCCACUGCUGCCUCCAUCACUAAAUUCAAAUGUCUUAUGUGUGACGUCAGUGAAAUCCUUUGUUCAGCUUGACCUCAGUGUCACAAACUUGCCAAACAAGGCAGCAGCAGAGCAGCAGCUCCUUUGUCCCCGCCAGCUAAAAUCAGUCAUUUUCUCUAUGGACUUUGGUGUGGGAGAGUGAGAUGUUUACAAACUUGAGUUUCCUGACAGUAAGUAAAAUUACUUAAUGAAAAGCUUUGUGUAAUGUUGAGAUAGAUGGGUGUGUAUAAGUUCUUAGAUGAAUGGCAGUCCCUCAUACAAACACACUGCAACUAAACCUCUAUCACUAUCACUAUCUAUCACUUAAACCUUUAAACACUCGGUGGGUUGAUCUUUCUGUUGUUUUUUUUCCUGACAGAUGAAAUGCGUUGAUGCGCUGCUCCUGUCUUUUUCUUUGUCUUUUACCUCUCACCAUGACACUGCCUUUCUGUCGGCGACAUUGUUGUUGAACUUGUACUAAUGAAAACACAGGAUGUUGAUGUUGUAAAGGAUCCGUGAGGCGUUGAAUGUUCUUCAGCGUCGAAGCCGCUGUCGCAGUCGGGGCACAGUCGUGUUGUAGACAGUCACAAUCGUAAUGUAAGCCAAUCUACUUUUGUAUGUUUUUGAAUAACACAUGUCUGGUUUUGUGGGGGGUUUCCACUUGUAAUUGUCACUUACAAGAAAUAUGAAAUAAACUGUUAACAUUUUUA